AUGGAUCAGGUGAUUCUCGUGUGUGGGACAUGGAAAGCACAACAAAAUCAAUGGUUUUUCAUUGCAGACAAGUGCAGAAGAUCGGCAAUUGUUGGGGCUGACCUUGAAACCUCUUACAACGAUUUUCGGGGCAGAGUUAUGGAAGAGAUUGGGGUCGAUCGGCGGAUUGAUGAGGUGCAGUUGAGCUACAUGAUAACAAAAAGUGUCGUGAAUACACCUCCAUUGCGAGUUACGAAUUCUUUGCAAUUCUGGUCAUUUCUCAAAUUAUUCAGAAACCAUAAAGCUCGUCUCUGUGUGGAGAUCGUGAAGAAAACGCCAUGUCAUCAAGGUGUACGAGAUAGAAGACAAGAUCUGUUCGUUGAUAGCGAUUCUGACGAGGAAGAUGAUGAAGAGAUGAGAUUUGACUGUUGUGACGAUCCCGACGGUGCAAGCUCUGGCGAUGAAGAAUACGGUACCACCAAAGGAAGAUUCGCGAAAGAAGAGGAGGAAAUGUUUUAUCUGCCAGCAAAGGAAGAUUCGAUCCCUGCAUUCUUGCAGUUGGAACGAGGUUCUGUAGAAUUGGCCGUCGGCCAACGUUAUCCGACGAAAAAGGCGUUGGUUCUGAGAUUGAAGAUGCUUUCCGUUGCAUUGAAGUUCGACUAUAGUGUUGGUUACAGCACGCCUUCACUAUUAACGGUAUGCUGCUGGAUCGAAGGGUGUACAUGGAGGGCGAGGGCAACAACAAUUGGCUCUGCUCCUGAGUUCUACAUCAAGAGUUAUGUACAAGAGCAUUCAUGUUCUGUUACAGAGCGUUCUUCUCGUUCUCGGCAAGCAAAACCUGAACUUCUGGGAAGGCUGUACAGCGAAUUUGUAGGCUGCGUUGGACCCACGGUAUUGCCUUGCCAUGUCGCAGACGCUUUGAAUAAACGAUAUGGCAUCAAGAUGGAUUAUUGGAAGGCCCAUUGCACAUUACGGUUCGCGCGGGAAGUGAUUUCCGGCAGUUCGGAGAGUGGAUACGAAGAUCUCCCCGUGUACUUGUACAUGAUCAGAAGGGCAAACCUUGGGACGCUCAUUAAGCUCGAGGUGGACGCGGAGGAUAGGUUUAAGUUCAUGUUCCUUGCCUUCGCCGCAAGCAUUCACGGAUUCCCGUACAUGCGUAAAGUUGUAGUCGUUGAUGCCACAUACUUGCAAGGUAAAUAUAAGGGAACACUACUAACCGCCACAACUCAGGAUGGAAAUUUCAACAUAUUUCCGAUUGCAUUUGGAGUUGUCUAUACCGAGAAUAAUGAAUCUUGGGAGUGGUUCUUCAGGCAGCUACACUUGGUUAUCCCAGACGACGAGGGUCUAGCCAUGAUUUCGGAUAGACACAAAUCUAUUAAACACGCAAUAAAGAAGGUGUAUCCGCUGGCCUCUAGGGGUAUUUGCACAUACCAUUUGCAUAAGAAUAUAUUGCUCAGAUUUAGAACCCGAGACUGUUUUGACCUUGUCAAGAAGACAGCGAGUGCAUAUACGCUGCUAGAGUUUAAUCAGCACUUUGCUCAAAUAGAAGCUUUAGAUCCGGAGCUGCAUAAUUAUUUAGUGGAGGCUGACGUUCGGUUAUGGACCCGUGUACAUUUUUCUGGGAAUAGAUACAACUUCACGACGAGCAACAUAGCGGAAUCCUUAAAUAGCGUGUUAUCUCUUUUUAGAGGUUCACCAAUUGUGCAACUUCUUGAUCCUGCGAGAUCGUUGAUGACAAGGUGGUUUGUUGCGAGGAGAAAAAACGCAAGCCUAAUGAAAACUACAUUGACCAGAGGUGUAGAGAAGCUACUAGAGUCUCGUGUGGACAAUGCAAAGCUAUGGACAGUGCAGGAGAUUGAUGGUGAUCAAUCACAAGUGACAUGCGGAGGGAUACUUCAUGUCGUCAAUUUAACAGAGAGGAAAUGCACAUGUCGUAGGUUUGAUUUGGAUAAGUUACCAUGUGUCCAUGCGAUUGCAGCCGCAGAAGCUGUAGAAAAUGUGAUAGCCAAAGUUUGCAAACCUCCUACUGUUCAUCAACCGCCGGGCAGACCAAAGAACUCCAGAAUGAAAAGUGCUUUGGAGGUCACUAUGGAGAUAUUUUAUGUUUUGUAA